UACUCUGCAGUAUAUAUGUGCAUAUAGCAGUGUGAUGCCUGUCUGAGCUGUCUCUGCUUGUUUCUCCAUCUUGCUGCUGCUGCUGCUGUCUACGUCAGAGGAGGUGCUGCUGCGCAGUGUCUGGCUGCAGCAGCAUGGUGGUGAUGGGACAAGGAUGCAACACAGACCUGAGAAAAUAAAAGUUUAAAGAGAAAGCAAAGGACUGUGCGUGGCUGACACAGACUCCUCCUGUGCCUCUCCUCGGUCACUCCACCUGCAUGAUUUGUGAGCCAGCUUGCAAGAUGAACUUCAAGAACUUUUGGGAGUACCUGGCCUGGCUCUACUACCAGUACCUGCUCAUCACCGGCAUCUAUGUCCUGGAGCCCUGGGAAAAGUCCAUCUUCAACUCCGUCUUCUUCUCCGCCAUCGCCAUGGUGAUCUACACCUCGUACGUCUUUGUGCCCAUCCACGUGCACCUUGCACUGAAGUUCUUCUCUGGGCUCUUUGGCGGCCAGCCUGAGAGCACUGUGGCACUCAUGAACUAAAAGAGGGAGAGAAUAUGGAGGUAAAAAAGGGCAGCGACUGGGUGGAUUAGCACGAGUCCCCAUACAAUUCCCUUUUGUCUCCCGGUGCACCUUGAGCCCUUCUUUACACCACGUUCAUCCUGAACCACAGCGGUCCAUCACCUCAGCUAAUCAAGACUGAAAACAUGAAGAUCUUAAUGAAAUGAUCUGGAAAUCAGAGCCUUACUAUCUUCUUUACAUCCCAAACCCUCUGGCCUUGCCCCAUGGUAUUAGACACACGACUGUACAUUACUUUCACACCCUCGCUGUGAAACGUCUUGUGAAAUGUUGUCUGUCCUAUUUGUUUUUUUUGUCUUUCUUACCAUUAUGUCCUGUGUGAGUGCAUAUAUACCACCUCUGGGUUUUGCAUGAUAGGGUUAUACAUGGGUUGUACAUUUGCAUGCUCGCCUCACUACAAAAUACAACUGGACUCUCUUCUUUCAUCAUGACUUUUAAACUGCAGUCUUUAAAGGGGCAUUUUGGCGAUUUAGUCACUUCCAUUAAAAAACUUGUUGGAGACGGAUUAAAAAGAGAAUGGUUGUAAUCGAAGCAGCAGUGGCCGAUUAUGACUUUUAGUGUCAAUCCAAAACCCUAAAAUACUGGAUCCUACAUUUCCCAUAAUACAACUAGAUAGGGUCUUUUGGUAGACCGUCACUGACUGGUUAAUGGUGCCUUCAAAUGAAACUUGUGAGCUGGUGUUUACAACACGGGAAGUCGUGUACACGAUAUACUUGGCGUUCAAGUUGUUAAGUGGUGAGAACACCGCUGCUGCUAAGCAACGGCAAUAUUAACGUUACUGUUGCUGUCUAUAAGCCACAGAGGCCAACAAUUUACCAAGCUAGCAAGAGGGUAACAUAAUGCAGUAGGCAAAGGCAUAAUGACAGAGGAAAAAGAUGAGGCCGUUGGGAAUACCAACAUUUUCAUCAGACCUGGAGAGAUAAACAAUUUACGACUAAAAUUAUAAUAUAUUAAAUUAUUAUGUACCGAAAAAUUAACUUCCAUAGCCUCCUCCAUUUCUGACAACGUCAACAAACCCGUCACAACUCGUGAACUUGGAG